AUAUGAUAUUAAUUCGACAAGUCACUGUUAAAUCAGUAGGCUAGCUUUAUGAUUACGAAUGACUUGAUGUUCUAGCCAUUUUAAAAUUCUUCUCAUGAAUAGCCUUAUCAAGUAGGCUACAGUAUGAAGAAGCACUUGGAGAGAGUAGCGCACUGCAGGUCAUGAGUCCACACCCACAAAGAACCUAUAUGAUCUGUAACUCUCUCAAGUGAGUUCACUUUGCACAAUCAAACUCUGGUGACAUGGGGUCCCGCUGCCAUUAUCUUCACUGGAUUUCAAUAUGGAAUCUCAUCACAGUUGUUUGGAGUUUCUCAUCACCAAAUAUCAAUUCCAGUGUCAUUCUGGGAGGACCCCACAAGGCUGAUUCAGCCAUUCUUGUCUCAAGCUCUUCUCAGAUAAAUGUUACCUGUGGUUCUAAGGUGCCUCCUGGAGCCUAUGAAGAGUAUGAGAGCAACCCAUCCGUUUUACACGAUCUGAGAGUAGCGCUCAUCUCCACUGACGAUGGACCCAUGCUAAAUAUAUCCUGGGCUAUCAAAGUAGAUGCGAGCAUUAAUACUCUGAUUGGACUACUGCUUGAUGUGUCAGAAAAAGAUAUUCUUUACUGUCAGUAUAACCCAUCAUUCAACAGUGUUUCAAUAAGGGAUGCAGACGUGCUGUGGUUCAGCUACAAAGUCCAUGCUGAACCUGAUGACUUCACCACCAUAGUGGCAUAUAACUUGCCAGAACCACCAUACGGAUCUGGAAUACUAAUAUCAAAAUCGACAUUUAUAUCCACUCCAGGUUGUGACAACAUCAUUAUGAUGAACCAUCACAGUUGCAGUAGAUGGAAAGAAACCACCAGGCAGACCACUGCACAUCCACCCACAUUUAAAGUGCAAAAGGAACAGUCCAGCGCUUCUUGGAUCGUGCCAUUGGCCAUGCUAGCCAUGUUGCUGGUGUUUGCCAUUGGAGUCGGCCUCUAUAUAGGUCGCUCAAGAAGCUUGUCUAAGAUGACCCCUGAGCUGGUUCCUGUGUCGGUGCUGAUGGUGUACCCGGCCGUUGACGCCGUGUUCCAGCGGGCAGUGCUGGCGCUGGCUGACUUCCUGCAGAGCAGCGGCGGCUGCAGCGUGGCCAUCGACGUGUGGCAGCGGGGCCGACUGGCCGAGCUGGGCCCGCUCCGCUGGCUGCACACCGUCGCCGAGAGCGCCGACAGGGUCCUCGUCGUGCUGCCUUGCCACGCCGCAGACCUCGACGAGUCCAUGGGAAAGCUGCUCACUCCCUCUUGGGUUGAGCACACAGUACCCGCUUCAGCUUACGAGCUCUACCCCUUGGCGCUCAAGAUGCUCAGUCAUUCCAAGCUGUGGGUGGUCCACCUUGGCAAGACGACAACGAGGAGCAGCGUGCCUGUGGAGCUGAUGGGCUGCCGCUCAUUCGCCCUGCUCGAGGACCUCCAGAAGCUUUUCCACGGCCUCUGUGCUGGACACACGCCCGUCGGGGCCCCCUGGCUGAGGUCCUGGUGGGGUAGGGGGAAGCGUCAGCAGGACUCAGGCGCAGCUCUGGACAAACUGAAGGAGGUGGUGCAGCAGCUGGAGCAAUGGGUGCAAUCCAAGUCCUGCAAGACCCUCCAAAUUGUCACAGUCUGAGCCAUCAGACACAUAUGGUACAUCGGGGAGGGAAUGACAACACAACAACAACAACAACAAGCUUUCACUUCAUGCUGACUCAUUUUGUCAAAGCUAUACUUUUUUCACUCUUCAUGUUUCAUUCAUUUGACAGGACAUAAUAUUGGGUAUAUGGGGCUGUUUGAUAUUGCAAAAAUACUUCUGAUUAUAUUAUUAGCUUUCACAUGCUUACACUGUUUCCAGUAGCAGUGAGUUUUAAAAAAAAUGAAUAAAGCUCAAAAUCCUUAGAAUAGCUGUUAAUUCCAUAAUAUGCAUUGGGAACUCUACACAUUCAAUUUCAAAUCAAAGCAUGACCAAAAUUGUUGGUCAAGCAGUGUUUGCAUUUUUCUUUACAAAUGUGCAGAGUAUCAUGAACUUCACACAAAAAUUUGUUCAAUGAAAAUCUGUCAAACUCUGCCAAGACACUAAAAGUGUGUCAUGAUUGGAUCACUCAGCACAGCAGGUCAAUGAACCAAAACACAUCAAAAUCAAAAGUCUACUGAUCUAAACUUGAUAGAAACACAAUGAGGCGAGUCAAAGAGGAGAAUGCAGUGACAACCUAGGAAUCUGGACUAUCUGGAAAGAUUUUGUAAAGAGGAAUGAUCUCAAAUACUUUGCAUGGUUUAAGGAUGUCAUAGGGGAGCAUUACCAGCUGUUUUGUUGGCAAAGCAAAGCUAAACAAGGUAUUACAUAUAGGGAUGCCAAUAAUCGUGGCACUUAUCUUUUUUGUUAAAAAUAUAUAUCUUUAUGAAGUAUUUUUGUUUGUCAGAAUAAAUUUGCUUUCUUUCAA